UACAGUCUAAACUGUCUUCGCUUUUUUCGUGCCUCCGUCUCUUUUGUCCCUCCGCGGCUCCAGUACAGAAUCCUCCCACGAAGCAGACGUGUGUUAGCAGCUGUUAGCAUUUUUGUGAAGGUCGUGAGUCAAACUCGUGGUCCACCAUGUCUCUGCCCAAGCCAGUGAUGAGGGGAUUGUUGGCAAAGCGCCUGAGGUUUCACCUGCCCAUUGCUUUCGCCCUGUCUCUAGUAUCUGCAGUCGCAUUCAAGUACGGGGUGACGGAGCCCAGGAAACAGGCCUAUGCUGAUUUCUACAAACAUUACGACUCGGUCAAAGAGUUCAACGCCAUGAAAGAAGCAGGCAUCUUUGAGAGUGUGCGUCCCUCCGGAGAGUAAACUCGGCCCACCUGCUGUUCAUUCCAGGUCUCAAGAUGGUUCCUUCUCGCCCCGUUGAUGUUUACUGAUCAGAUGUGAACAUCACCCUGCUGUUUGUUCUUCUAAAUAAAAUAUUCUAUUAAAGCGA